CCGAGUUGUCCGAAUCCGAGUUCUUGCAGUGGCAAAAUGUGACAAAUCGGCUGUUUGACAUUUCAGGGUGUUUUCAAUAUACCAAAAAGUGAAAAAGUUAUCAAUUUAAAAAUAUUUUGAAUCUCUCUUUUUUAUUUUAAUCGUUGUUGUUUUUCUCCACUCAGGCACAGAUUUAGGCUUUAACUGCUUAUUCUCCUACCGUUUAUCUGGUUACAGUGCGCCGCCAUUACGUCUAUAUUCUUGCAUAGAUCUAGAAAGUCUAGGCCUAGUAUAGGGAUCUGGAUCUAGAUAUCUAGAUUCUAGUCAAUGCAAAGCUGGAUUGGUUUUGUUGAGGAAUUUCAUGAUAAAUAAUAAAUAUGUCAGUAUCAGACAGGAGGAGAAGGCGUCUUGAAGAUGAAGGUGAAGAGGGUGACAGCGAGGAAAAGAGUAGGCCCACCUCUGCCUCUAGGCCUUCGGAGUGUGAAUCUGAAGGUGAGAGCCAUGAUGUUAUCGAACUGUCCGAAUAUGAGAGUGCUGCUGAUGAAAAUGGAGAUCCAGAGGAAGAAGAGACAGAAGAAGGCAGUGAAACAGAGACAGAGGAGGGCUCAGAAUCUGAAGAGGAAAGUGAGACAGGAACAGAGACAGAAGGAGGCUACACAGACGAAGAAGGACUAGAAGAGGAAAGACAGAGCGGAGAUGGAGAGGAGCAGCCAGAAAAGGACAAGCCUGAUGAUGAUGAGGACAAAAAGAAUCCUGCCUAUGUGCCCCGAAGAGGGGCAUUUUACGAGCAUGAUUUCCGCCAAGGGGAUGAGGGUCCUGAAGGAGAAGAGGGGGAAGAUUUGAAACCAAAGAAAAAACUUUGGCAGGACGAGGGGAAAUGGGCGCAUGACCGCUACACGGAUGAGUCACAGGCACCCAAAUCUCGGGAAGAGCUCAUCACUUUGUACGGCUAUGAUAUCCGGGCUGCAGAUAAAGCCCCAGAAAUGCCUCCAAGGAGAAUGGGAAGGGGUCGAGGAGGUCCAAGAAGACAGAAAUUUCAAGAUUUCAUGCCACGCAUGGCAGUUAUUGACACCACUGAGGAUGGUGCAGAUACGAUCCCCAAUCUGGAUGAUGAUGGCUUCGUUCAAUAUGAGAGUGGUCGCGGCCGCAACAGUGAGAGGCGACGAGGCAGUAGGGGAGGAAGUAGCUACAGGGGUGGGAUGCUGUCUAACAACAGGGGCUACCAUGAGAACAAGGCCCACCGGUAUGAUAGUGGGAGGUCCCAGGAUGCUAGGGCCACAAAUGACUACCCCACCUUAGAAGAAAUUUCAAGGCAGACAGAAAGAUGGGAUGAACAAAGAAAUAAGAAUCCACAAGACUCUUACAAGAAUGAGAGCAAAAAAUACAACCAGAAGCAAGAUUCAUACAGGAGGGAAGAGAGGCAAGACUAUGGUCGAUACCAGCAAAAUAAUAAUGAACGUAGAGGUGCUUAUAACAACAAUGCAAGGAGGGGAGGAGAGGAGGACAAUUGGAGAUCUGCUCAGUCUGAGUAUAGAGGCAGUGGAGACAUGCGGAAUCAAGGGUCCAGUGCAGGCGAUGAUUUUAACUGGACUAACCAUGGUUCAAACCCAGGCUAUGGAUACAAGAAGACUCCUCAGCAUGAUUUGCGCAGAGCUGAUCAAAACUUAGCACGGCUUUCUGAUGCUGGUGGGAACAAGAGAGGCACUUAUCAAAAUCAGGAGCAGUCACACUAUCGCAAUUUGCAGCAGCAUGCAGUACCAGGAAGUAAUGGGACCCGUGAGUCAAAAGAGUACACUAACGCUUCAUACCAGUCUCGAGAAGAUAGAGCCAAGCAGAGAGGUCCCCACGAUGAAGCGAGUACUGGUGAUGCUGGUGACAGCAAUACGAGAAGCAGUAAAAAUGUGGUGAUCUCCAAUAAGGAAAACAUUCAGACAAUCAAUGUGACAAUUACGAGUACAACAACAGAAAAGAAGUCAUACGCUAAAGAAAGACGGGGCAAGGGGACUACGCGGGCUGAAGAUGGGGCUGGUCAUCUGGGACAUCCAGAUCCAAGAACUGUGACACAAACACAGAGUGGACAUGGUCAAGGUCUAUCAAGUCAAGUGGCCGGUGACCCUGGAGCGACAGCAUCAGGUGGCACAACGGUGUCAAAACGCUACUCGUCCCAACGACAGCAGGCCAUGAGCAAGGGGAGCUUUACUGGACCACCACCUGUAGACUCUGGGGCAAAGUUGUACAACCCAGCCCUCCCCCCGCCUUCCUUCUUUCAAUGUGAGCCAGGCACUGUUGGUCCUCACACGGCUGCGGCUCCAGCAAGCACUGUGCAGGACUCGACCCAUUUUCCUCCAGCACUUCUCCCUCCUGCCCCUCCGCUUCCUUACGGCUUACCAGUUUCUAGCACAACCCUAGGAUUACCACCCCCAACACCUGCUGCCAGUGUUCCCUCGGGCCCAGCUGCGAUAUUCCGCCCCCCAAGAGGCCCCCCACCCCCAGGCCAGUUGCCCAACCCUGGUGCUGCUCUCAUUAGCCCCCCUUACCUCCCAGCUGGCAUGAUGUAUGGAGGAGGCCCCCGUGUCCCCCCACCAGGCACCCCUGCUGGGUUCCCCAUUCCUCUGGCAUACACAUCACCACCCCCUCCUCCCACAACAGCUGCUGCUGUGCAUGCUCAGCAACAAUCCCAGGGUUCUGCCAGCCAACCUGGGACACAGUCCUCUGCUCAGCCAAAGAAGGUGUACAGAGGUGAUAUAACGUACUAUGCACCAGAGUUACAACAACCAUCUAGGACACCACAGAAGAGGCCAAAGGCUGCUAUACCUAUUGUGGACCCUCAGGAGAUGAGACGUCAGAAGCAAAAAGAAAAGUCAGAUCAGAGAAGCACCCCAGACAAGAACUGUAACAUUAAAAAAGAGAUCACUCCCCCGCGAAUCGGUGGGUCCAAGGAUAGUCCAAAAGCUCAGACAGAUCUGAGCUCAAUUGCCUCACCAGGUACAUCUGUAGACAAGCUCAAGCAAGAGACUCACCUUGUCACCCAAACCCAGAGCUCAACGCCUUCACCGUCUGUGCCAUUGAAUUCAGGAUACAGCCUCCUUGAUAAAAGUGCUCCUCUGACAAAACCUAAUGCUGCAUCAAAGUGCUCUGAUGGUAUUACCUCUGAAAGCUGCUCCAGCCUACCAAAUUUUUCUCAGCAAUUGUCUGUGUCAGUCAUAAAUCAAACUGUAAAUAGUUUUCAGUGCAAUCAGAAUGAUGGACAAACUGGAGAAAAGGAGGGCUCCGGAGGGAAAGCAUCUCCAGUUGAAAUUACUACGCAGGACAAAGUUGUGGCAAAAGUGAUAGCUCCUGAUGUACCAGCUGGCAUAGAGGCACCAGAGAGUCUCCAUGCUAUGUCUCAGCACAUGGAAAUGGCCCCACAGGUUGUCAAUGAACCUCUAGAAUUGUAGUUUUUUACUUCUGUUCUGAAUGCUGGAAGAGACUUCUGUUAUCGGGGCAGUGCUUAUAUUUUCAAAGGUCUGGUAUAUUUUACGGAAUUGAUGUUGUCAAGGCUGGGUGUCAGUUCAUGUAGGUCUGACAGGUUCAAACAAUAGAAGGCCUGUCCUUUUUGCAUGUGUAUGUUUGUUGUUUGGGGGGGGGGGAUGUGUUGUUUGUUUGUUGUUGUUUUGGGUUUUUUUAAAGAAUUGUUAUAGGCUUGCACUUGCAGGCUUUGGAAAGUAUGAGGGCUUAGUGAGAGAUAGUUUUUUCCCUCUAUUGAUUUACACUUGUCUAUGAUAACAAAGGCUUAGCAGCAAAAUACGUCAAUUCUUUUCGAAACUGAUGUGCUCAAUCCAAAUAUAUAUGUUGUUAGUUUUCGUCUGUCAGGGCAGGUUUUUGCAGAACUCACAGAUUUUCGUGAUAUUUUCAUGGGUGGUAUGAAUUUAUAGAGCUGGAGUCUGCUCAAUUAAUCAAAGGCUUGCAAGCAGCGGACGGCUUGUGCCAGAGGCUUGCGAGUAGGCUUGUGCUUUGCUUUGCCUCCGACUCGCUACCAGGGGGAACUUCCGGUGUGUUGGGACUCGCAGUCUUGCCAGGUUGCGAGCAGGCAAAUCAAAUAUAGGACUCGAGUCCAAACGUCUUGCUGUGCUGUGAGCGGGAUUUGAGACUUGACGGCCGUUCACUGCUCGCAAACCUUCGAUUAAUUGAGCAAACUCCAGCUCUAGGUCCCGCCGCGCAGUGACACUGAGUGGGGUAUCUCUCUCCCCCUCUCUCUCUUUCUGACGUAAGUGGAUUGCAAGCAGGGUGGGGGGGGGG